CGGAGUACCAGAGCGAAGGCAGGGAGAGCGAAUCGUGACGUGAGGAAUCUGCAGCAGAAAGAAGACGGGAAACACGGAAAAAGAGAAAGCCGGGCUGGCGUGAUUUUCUUUUCCCUCUUCCCCAUCUCUCUGUCUCUCUCUCUGUGUAUAGCUGAACUGUCAGCAUCUCCCCCCAAAAAAGAACCCACUGGGACAUCUCCAGGCGUUGAACCCCACUCAGAAUCGAUCUCGCCAUCGGAAAGGAUUUAACGGAGGAAAUUGCAUUGGACUUGAACAUCUUGUUCAUGUGUGCGUGUGUGAGGGUCUGUCCGGGACAAGUCCUGCAAGGUUGUCAGGGGCAAUUCGGUUUCUCCAUGGCUGGAGCGAAUACAAAACCAUCAUGUGGUCCUUCUGGGUUUCGCUAAUAACAUCCAACAAGUGGCAGUGAGGAUCGACCUGUACGUUCCCGUCCACAGAGAGGAAGGAAUAUCGGCUCUGUUCCUUUUCCCUCUGGAUGGAAGUUGGCUGUUGAAUGAUUCGGGGGAGCUGACGGAAACUUUGACCGUCUGAAGCUCGGAUUUGUUUUCCACACACACACACACCAGAACUGAAAACUGUACUGUGCAUCUUUCUCAUUUUGCCCGCUACCUGUGCCUUUAUGAUGUGGGCAAUCUUCUACAGCUGGGUGUCCGCCAGCAUUUGAGGGAUUCCUUUGAUCUAACUCAGCUGAAGACCUCUCUGACUUUUAUCAGCGUGGAUUUAAUCUGCGUCUUGCUCUGAACAGGGGAUUUGGAAAGAACUGCUGGAAAACAGAAACGGGAGGGGGGAAACACGCAGAAAUUGCCGGAAAAGCUCUGUGGACAGAAGUCAGAGUUAGCAUUGCGGGCGGAGUCUGCUUGUUUCAUACUUCCCCUGGCUGUGCGUGUUUGUAUCUGGGCUUCUGUCAACACAAUGUUAACCGUGGAGACUCUCUGCUUGGCGCUGCUCCUGGGUCCAUUGGCUGGGCUCUGCUUGGGGCUGGAGUUCAUGGGGAGCCCGGGUUCGUGGAGCCGCUUCUCGCGUUGGGAGGCGGGCAGCCGGAGCGACCUGAGUUUCCAGUUUAAGACCGAUCUGCCCGAAGCGCUGCUGCUGUACCUGGACGACGGCGGCUUCUGUGACUUCCUACAGUUGGUCAUCGCCGGUGGCCGGGUCCGGCUGAAGUUCAGCAUCGAUUGCUACGAAACCUCGGUGGAGAUGGACAGGAGGGUCAAUGAUGACAAGUGGCACUUCGUCAUGGUCAGCCGCAACUUCCUCAGGACCGUGCUGGUCCUCGACGGGGACACCCGGUCAGCAGAGGUCAAGCCCCAGCGGCAGUACAUGAAGGUGGCCAGCGACCUGUUCGUGGGUGGGAUUCCUCAGGACAUCCGAGACACCGCCUUGACUUCUGUCCUGGUGCAACGCGAAGCCCCCUUCAAAGGAUUUAUCGAAGACUUGAAGUAUGGAGACUCAGCGCCAGUGCUGCUUGGAAGCCACUCGGUGAGAGUGGACAAGGAAGGGAUUUGCACUGAGAAUCCUUGUGAAAAUGGUGGAGUAUGCACAUGGAUAGCAGGAGAGAUUACCUGUGACUGUACUAACACGAGGUAUAUGGGGCGGUACUGCACUGAAGAAGUCAACCGUGUGCCAGGUUUCUCGCAUCUGACGAUGGGCGAGCAAGCCAGGGAAGACAACUCUGCAACAUUCCGAGGAUCUGAGUACUUCUGUUACGACCUAUCCCAGAACCCUAUCCAGAGCAGCAGCGAUGAGAUCACUUUGUCCUUCAAGACCUGGCAGCGGAACGGACUGAUCCUGCACACAGGGAAGUCAGCCGACUAUGUAAACUUAGCACUGAAAGAUGGAGCUGUUUCACUAGUCAUUAACCUGGGCUCUGGCGCUUUUGAGGCGUUGGUUGAACCAGUAAAUGGGAAGUUUAAUGACAACGCCUGGCAUGAUGUCAAAGUGACACGCAAUCUGCGACAGCACUCAGGCAUUGGACACGCUAUGGUUACCAUUUCGGUGGAUGGCAUCCUCACUACCACAGGUUACACCCAAGAAGACUACACCAUGUUGGGGUCUGAUGAUUUUUUCUAUGUUGGUGGAAGUCCAAGUACAGCAGAUCUACCUGGAUCCCCUGUCAGCAACAACUUCAUGGGAUGCCUCAGAGAGGUUGUUUAUAAAAACAACGACAUCAGACUGGAGCUCUCACGCCUGGCGAGGAUUAAGGAUCCCAAGAUGAAGAUCCACGGCGACGUUGUGUUUACAUGUGAGAACGUUGCCACCCUUGACCCCAUCUCAUUCGAGACACCGGAGGCCUACAUCAGCUUGCCAAAGUGGAACACCAAGAAGAUGGGCUCAAUUUCCUUUGAUUUCCGCACGUCUGAGCCCAGCGGCCUCAUUCUGUUCACCCAUGGAAAGCCACAGGAGAGGAAAGACUUGCGGAGCCUGAAGAAAACCAAAGUGGACUUCUUCGCUGUUGAGCUCUUGGAUGGGAAUCUGUUCUUGCUCCUAGAUAUGGGCUCCGGUGCGAUCAAAAUCAAAUCUACAACCAGGAAAGUGAACGAUGGAGAAUGGUAUCACGUGGAUAUACAACGGGAUGGUAGAUCAGGCACCAUAUCAGUGAAUAGUCGACGCACCCCAUUCACAGCAAGUGGAGACAGUGAGAUUCUUGACUUGGAGGGGGAUAUGUACCUUGGAGGCUUACCAGACAACAGAAUGGGCUCCAUCUUGCCCACAGAGCUGUGGACAGCCAUGCUCAAUUAUGGCUAUGUUGGCUGCAUCAGGGACUUGUUCAUUGAUGGGAGGAGCAAGGAUAUCCGACAGUUGGCUGAGGACCAGAACGCGGCCGGGGUCAAGCCAUCUUGCUUACGUGUCAGCACGAAGCAAUGUGACAGCAACCCUUGCAAGAACAAUGCAGUGUGCAGGGAAGGUUGGAAUCGGUUCAUCUGUGACUGCACAGGCAUGGGCUACUGGGGGAGAACGUGCGAAAGAGAGGCAUCCAUUCUCAGCUACGAUGGCAGUAUGUACCUGAAGAUAGUCAUGCCCUGGGUAAUGCACACAGAAGCUGAAGAUGUCUCUCUCCGAUUCAUAUCCCAGCGGGCCUAUGGCUUGCUCGUGGCCACGACCUCAAGGGACUCAGCUGACACUCUGCGCCUGGAGCUGGACGGAGGGCGUGUAAAGCUGACAGUCAACCUAGACUGUAUCAGGAUUAACUGUAACUCCAGCAAAGGGCCAGAAACAAUUUAUGCUGGACAAAAGCUCAAUGACAAUGACUGGCACACCGUUCGAGUGAUCCGCCGAGGGAAACACCUCAAGCUGAUGGUCGAUGAAGUCACUGCAGAAGGUCAAAUGCUGGGUGACCACACACGGCUGGAAUUUCACAACAUCGAGACUGGGAUCAUGACAGAACGGCGCUUCAUCUCUGUUGCGCCAUCCAGCUUCAUCGGGCACCUGCAGAGCUUGAUGUUUAAUGGAAUGAUGUACAUAGAUCUAUGCAAAAACGGGGAUAUUGAAUACUGCGAAAUCAAUGCCAGGUUCGGCAUGAGGUCGAUUAUCGCCGAUCCCGUCACUUUCAAAACCAAGAACAGCUAUUUGACGUUAGCGACUUUGCAGGCGUACACAUCCAUGCAUCUCUUCUUCCAGUUCAAGACCACGUCUCCUGAUGGAUUCAUUCUCUUCAACAGCGGAGAUGGCAAUGACUUCAUCGCUGUGGAAUUAGUUAAAGGGUACAUCCACUAUGUGUUUGACCUGGGAAAUGGGCCAAAUGUUAUCAAAGGGAACUCCAAAAAGUCCCUGAGUGACAAUCAAUGGCACAAUGUAAUAAUUACUCGGGACAGCAGCAACACGCACACUCUCAAGGUGGACGCUCGAUCUGUGACUCAGGUUAUCAAUGGUGCCAAAAACCUGGACCUGAAAGGUGUCCUCUACAUAGCUGGGCUGGCCCAAGGCAUGUACAGUAAUCUGCCGAAACUUGUCGCCUCUAGAGAUGGGUUUCAGGGUUGCUUGGCAUCUGUCGACCUCAAUGGACGGCUGCCAGAUCUGAUUCAUGAUGCGUUACAUCGGAGUGGGCAAAUUGAUCGUGGAUGUGAAGGUCCCAGCACAACCUGCCAAGAAGACUCAUGCAUGAACUAUGGGAUAUGCAUCCAGCAGUGGGAAGGGUACACAUGUGACUGCUCAAUGACUUCGUAUAGUGGCAGUCAGUGCAAUGACCCUGGUACCACAUACAUUUUCGGCCGAGGAGGUGGGGUCAUAACGUACACGUGGCCAGCCAACGACAGGCCCAGCACAAGAACUGACCGCCUAGCUGUUGGAUUCAGCACAUCAGUGAAAGACGCAAUCCUUGUGCGAGUGGAUAGUGCUCCUGGACUGGGAGACUUUCUUCAGCUUCAUAUAGAGCAAGGAAAGAUCAGCGUUGUUUUCAAUGUUGGCACAGAUGAUAUCGUCAUCAAGGAGUCCAGCAAUGUAGUGAACGAUGGGAAUUACCACUUAGUACGUUUUACUAGGAAUGGGGGCAAUGCGACCUUGCAGGUGGACAACUGGGCUGUAAAUGAAUUCUACCCAACAGGAAACAUUGAUAAUGAACGCCUGGCGAUUGCUAAAACGAAAAUCCCCAAAAAAUUCAGAGGAAUAGUAUUUGAUGAGUGGCUACAAGAGAAAGGCCGCAUGCUGACAAUCUUCAAUACGCAGGCUAUGAUUACAAUUGGGGGGAAGAAUAGGAGCCGCCCAUUCCAGGGACAAAUGUCUGGUCUUUACUACAAUGGCUUAAAGGUCCUUAACAUGGCCGCAGAGAGCCAUCCCAACGUCAAGGUCAAUGGAACCGUGAGGCUGGUGGGAGAGGUGGCCCCUGUGAUUGUCAACCAGCCAAUGGCGACCACCUUACCGGCCGAGAUGUCCACCACCAUCAUGGCAACUACGACAACGAUGGCAACCACCACAACCAGGAAGGUCCGAGGAACAAUGAAGGUCAACCCGGUCACCGAUGAUCUUAUAGUCUCCUCAGCUGAGUGUGCAAGCGAUGAUGAGGACCUCGAUGAGUGUGAGCCCAGCUCAGGUGGGUUAGGAGAUGAAUUAGUUUUCCCUGUAGUGACAGAAGAAGCCUUAGCAAACCCUCCUCUCGCCACUCGUGCACCUUUCAUCUCCCUCCUCCCUACCUUCCGUCCCCUUCUCACCAUGAUUGAGGGCACCAAAGAUUCUCUGUCCAUGAUCCCUGAGGUGGGGUUACCUUGCCUGUCGGAGCAGGACCACGAUGAUUGUGAUGCUGGCUUGAUGAUAUCUGGUUAUGGCUCAGGGGAGGCACAUGACUCUAAUCUACCCCCUACUGAUGAUGAAGAUUUUCACACCACCUUGUCCUUGGUAACAGAUAAGACCUUGUCCACAUCGACCUUUGAAGGUGGCUACAAAGCGCACGCACCCAAAUGGGACUACAAGGACUUUAGACCUAACAAAGCGUCUGAAUCCGGUAGGAUUGUCACCACUGCCUCUGCCCCUGAGCUGCUCAGUUCCGUGCCGCCCGGGAAAUUGCCCAAGCUGCCCGCGGGCAAGUUGAACACGCGUGAGCAGAAACCCGACCCAGGCUCGGUGUUGGUCCCCCGACCCACCGCGUACGAGGUAGACAGUACCAAGCUGAAGAGUCCCCCCCUAGUCACCUCACCCAUGUUCCGUAAUGUACCCACAGCCAACCCCACGGAUCCGGGAGUGCGCCGGGGUCCCGGGGCCUCAGAGGUGGUGCGGGAAUCGAGCAGCACGACCGGGAUGGUCGUGGGGAUAGUAGCGGCGGCAGCUCUCUGCAUCCUGAUCCUCCUCUAUGCCAUGUACAAGUACCGCAACAGGGACGAAGGCUCCUACCGGGUGGACGAGACUCGCAAUUAUAUCAGUAACUCGGCGCAGACCAACGGCACUGUUGUCAAGGAGAAACAACAGAGUGCAAAAGGUACUAGCAAGAAGCACAAAAACAAGGACAAAGAAUACUAUGUGUAGAGCGGACAAAAGAAAACAUUUAACACAAGAGGGGGAAGGGAGAAUUGAACAACAACAUGAAACUAAAAGGAGACACAAUCAAAAAUAUAUAUUAUACAGAAAUAUAUAUAU